AUGGCGAUAUGGCCGUUUGGUCGUAAGAGCAAGCGGCACACGAUCCAGCUCGAUGCUCCUGCGGUGGCGGAGGUUCCGCCGCAGGACCCUCGCCACAGCUUCGAUGGCAGCAAGCUAGGCAGCAAGCCCUCUCGCAAAUCCUCGAAACGUCAGAAGAACCGACACAUUACGCCUACUGAAGAUUGCCCGAGUUCUCUGCACGAUGUCCUUCCAGCUUCUCAGUCUAACCAGUAUCCUCCGCCCAUGUCCCACAGCGAGCAACCAGCUUCAAUAAGAGGAGCCCGGCAACUGUCCUUUCGGCUCGGUCAGCAGCAUUCCGAUAGCUACACCUCUCACUCUAACACAAGCUAUGACCAGCCUACCUUGACUCGAUCAGGAUCGCUCCUAAAGUCGAAAAGAAGCGUUAGCGGACCAGCAGUCCUGAAGAAGAAACUUAGCAAGCGCAAGGCAUACGAGAUUGCUAGGGAACGAGAGAUCAGAUUGAUGGCUUCCGCACCGAUUGACAUCCCUCGUCGCCCAUCCCCGCUCCCUAGUGAGCACUUCUCCAUCGAAACCCGCAAAGGCCUCAGGGCUCCAAGUCGUCGUUCAGACCGCCACUUGUCUGACGUCAGUUUGUCAGUCCGUGACUCAGCUGAGUCGUCGUUAUCCGACAUCUUUGAGUCCUACACGUUCAAGGUCAACACUUUCGCAGCUUGGACACCCCGCCCAAUUAUUCGUUAUGUGGAAGCUCCCAAGCCCCCCACUUCGAAAAGCCAGAAGUCACCCGAGACAGUGAGCAAGAAAGACAAGGUGCCAACGUUUGCUGCAUCUGACGAAAAUGCUCAUUCGAAUAAGAAGGUAAAUGACCUGGCUGAUGCUCUGGACGCCGGUGCUCUACGGGAGUUAUUGGAAAGAGAUCGCCGGCGCAGGGAGAGAAAGCAGGCCGAGGAUCAGGAGAAAUUGCAACGCAAGUUGCAACAAGCCGCUGACCAGCAACAGCAGCACCCAGGCCGGCCUGGUGCUGGUAUUCGGGCUACACCGGUUUCUUUCGACGAAGGUGUCACUAGAUCUGAAGACACCAAGACUUUCCUGGGUGGUACCCCCCCGUCAGGGUCAUGGCUGAGAGGAGUUUCCAAAGAUUCUGAGCGACAAGGCUGCGAAACUCCAGAGAGUGCUAAUGCCAUCGGCACUCUUGACGAUAGCUCUAUCCGUGGACGCAGGGUUGUCCCGCGGCGUAGCUUCGCUCCGUCCACAGAGAUGGGAAUGUCUCGCAGCAGUCUGACUCCCUCUCAUUCACCGUCGAGGCGGGAGGUUUACAGUCCGACUUCUUCGCACCUGUAUGGUCUCGGUCGAGAAUCAACAUCGGAUGUCUCAAGGAUAAUCGACUCGGAUAGGCGUCUGUCAGACAAUAGCAGCGGUCGUGUGAACACUCUGACCUCAAUCUUUCGACGUGGGAGCUCACGCCUCAAGAGAAGCUACCGAGAACGUUUCCAUGAACGGAGCCCCGAGCCGUCGAACCCGUCGCAUGAAUCCUUUUUCAAAGUUCAAACACAGUCCUCGUCCGGUCCGGCGCCGUACGUGCCGCCCAAGGCAUUCCUUGGCACGGGCACGAUCAAGCGCUCCCAAUCGAAAUUCACGGAACAUUUCGGUGACGAACCUUUAUCACCACCUGACUCACGCCUUCAGUCUCCUGAUAUACCAGAAGUGGCUGACGAGUUUGAGAGGGACGAUGAUACCUCUGAUGUUAACAUGGUCACUCAAUAUCCUAUUCCAAGCUCUGCCUCCGACGUCCCGGAUUCUCGCAACAACCAUCACGACUCGUGGGGAGGCGAAAGCUGGGAUGGUAACCCGGAUGACGUCCCGCUAUCCCAGUCUCUAGCGUCGAUCGAUUCCGAGGGGUCAUGGAUGUCAGGGCAAUUCCUUCGUCGCAUUUCUCAGAAAAAAACAAGUAACCCCCUUCGGACCAGUCUCAGUUCAUCGAGGAACAAGCUUGAGGAGGAAGGCCACGAGGAUUCCCCCAAAGGUGAUGAAAUACCACUCAAUGAACCGUUCGUGAGAUUUGGAUCUGAGCAGGAUGAGCCUCCGCGGGUCGGAUAUGGCGCAGGUGCUCAGCGAGAUAGUACCAUGACCGUGGACCAUACACAAGACCCAGCAGAGGAAACCUGGCAUGCUCAAGUUGCAAGGCGUCCUGUGCUGGUGAAUCCGGCAGUCCGUCCCAAGUCAAACGAAGGCCUUCUCAAAACCAUUCUAUCUGCCGAUGAGGAGUUCAGCCCCAUUGAAGAACACUCUGCUGAAUUUGAGUUCGACACAAACGAAGACUACGAUAGAGGGCGCGCCCUCUGA